CACUCCUUUCACUCUUAAACACACCCAAACCAUUAAAAUCCUGCAGACCACAGUUUAGGAGUUUUCCUGGUUCUUGCACACAGGUGGUGAGGCUAUGAGGCUUAAAUAAAUGCAAAUAUGAGAUCAUUGUUUCUCUUUGUGCUUGGUUUGGCAUUCCAUCUUGUGAGUGGACAAGAUACAAAAAAAUCCCCCACUUCUGCCUGUGGAGAACACAAAGUGUACAAAAAAUGUGGAAGUGCCUGCCACCCAAGCUGCACCAAUUAUAACUUGACUCGUCACUGUAGCAAGGACUGUGUGGAGGGCUGCUUCUGCACAGAUGGGUAUGUGGAAGAUGUAUCGAGGAACUGUGUCACUUUGGAAAUGUGCAAAUCCUGUACAGGAAACACGACAUUCACUUCCUGCUCGUUUGAGCACCCUCAAAUAUGUGGCAAAGAGAAGAAGCCGCAGUCUGCACUGGAGAAAGUGAAAUGUUAUAUAGGUUGUAUAUGUAAGUCUGGUUAUGUGCAACUGCCUGCAGACAAACUCACCUGUGUGCUGCCUAAUGACUGCCCUUCCAAUAUAACCAUUCCCUGAAGAAAUAUUUCCUUUUCAAACUAUUUUUAAUACCAUUUUGUGGACAUUAACAGAUACCUCUUAAUAUUCUCAUGAAGAAAUGUAAGAAACCUGAUUCUCUCCCAUGCUGUGCCCCAAUUGACCCUACCACUUCUGCUACGAAUGGGAUUACUGGUUCCUCGGUUUGUUUGGCAAUAAAUAAAUACGUUUAACAUGA